UGUAUUGUACAUUGUAUGCAAAUUUCAAGGUGCUGUAUUCGUUCUCUUCUGGGAGCACCUUACCAGCGAAUUCCAGCAUGGUCUGCUGCGACUCAGGUUCGACUUAUGAGUGGCUUAAGUGCACAGUUUGAAGAGGCCAAAGCCCGUCUGCUAACUUUAAAGGAAGAACCUAAUAAUGAUGUGAAAUUGAAAAUUUAUGCCCUGUUCAAGCAGUCUACCUCUGGUACUGUUACAACCAAGAGACCAGGGAUGGUGGACUUUGUUGGGCGUGCUAAGUGGGAUGCUUGGAAUGCUCUAGGCAGCAUGAGCCAAGAGGAUGCUCAGAAAGCCUACAUUGACCUAGUCAAUUCACUUGCAGGUGGAGAGGAGAAGACUGCAGCAGCUCAGACAGACUCUGGUCAAAAAUAUAAAAACCUCCUGAUAACCUGUGAGAAUGGCCUCCGUACUAUCACACUUAAUCGCCCAGAGAAGAAAAACGCAAUUACUAAAGAAAUGUAUGAAGAAUGGAUCGAAUCUCUUAAAGAAGCUGCAGAAGAUCCUGGCACUGUCAUCACUGCAAUUACUGGAUCAGGAGAUUACUAUUGCUCUGGAAAUGAUCUUUCUAAUUUUGCCAACAUAGAUCCAAGCAAAAUGCAUGAGAGCUCCAAAGAAGCAGGAGUUCUAUUAAAUAGAUUUGUGUCUGCUUUUAUUGACUUCCCCAAGCCACUGGUAGCUGUUGUUAAUGGUCAUGCUAUUGGAGUGUGUGUUACUGUCAUGGCACUAUUUGAUGCUUAUGCUUUAUGCUUCAGAUAUGGCAACUUUCCACACACCAUUCAGUGCACUUGGUCAGUCUCCUGAGGGUUGCUCUACCUACACAUUCCCAAAGAUUAUGGGGCCAGCGAAAGCCAAUGAAAUGUUUCCUCUUCAAC